UUUGUUUAUUUAUUUAUUUCUCCGGAAUUCGUGCAAUCCGCUCUGCAGUGGUACAGUUUAUGUUUUUUUAUUUUGUAUAAUUAUGACAAACUUUGGCGAAAAAUUCACUGAACAAUGGCCCAGUGAAAACUCAACAAAUAUGUUGACAGAUUUUGGCAAGAAGUUACUUGCUGAUUGUUCUAAAAUUGGAAUAAAAAGUUUUGGAAAUACAACACUUGCCGACAUUGUAAAUAAAUCAUCUAGAUUCCCAAUCGAGUUUGGCACACAUAAUUGCAGAAUUCAAAAUCAACCAGAAGACCGAAGUUCCUUUAUUUUAAACCAAUUGGCGUCUGCUUAUCCUGUGGUGCACGAAAGAGUUUUGUGUCUCUAUAUAAAUUUCUUGGAACACAAGUCUCACUAUGCCAACAAAUGUGAAAAGGAAAUAUUCUCAAAUAUUUCCCUCACCGACUUUGUACAAAGGUUGCUUACAAAAAGAUGCGUAACAUUUUAUGGAAAAAACGAUAAGUACCAACUUUUAACAGGAGAAAAAGGUUGUAGUGGUUUUAUGACUGUUGGAACUGAAGCAGAGACACCGCCAUUACUCUUAAAAAAUGUUUUGAGUUAUGAUGAAGUGAAGCUCUCCGCAUUGCUUUCUGUUUCUUCACAUUCAGAGUUUCUUAAUGAUGGAAAUCGCAAUAAUAUUGGUGUUAUAGAAACAGAUAAGACUAAAAUUGAACGGGAAGGUGUCGUGAUAGGUAUUAUUGGAGCUCGACUUUCCCGUCGUGAUGUUAUGGAAUUCCAAGACAUAGUAAUUUCUAAAACUCAAAACACAUUUGAAAACGGUUAUGGACAAAUUUCUACGAGCAACGAGACACGACAAAGUAGUUACCGUCAGGUUUGGAGAAAUUUUUACGAAGAGCCAGAUUUUGUAUUUAACAAAGUAGUCAAAGACGGUAAACGUUUUGGCAAUUCAAAAAAUAUGAACGAUAUUUUUGAUAAUCUAAUUAUGAAAAAACGUUAUGCCAUUUCGUUUGAUACACUUCUAUUGGACAGUAAUGCGAGAGCUGAAGCAGCUGGAAAGCGUGCAUUUAUACAUGUUGUUGGCAUCGGCUUGGGUGUUUGGAAAACGGCACCACAACAAGAAGAAAUAUUUCUGCUAACUUUUACAGAGAGACUUAAGGUCCUUGCGUCUAAGUUAAAGCACGUUGCGUUUGUACAUUUCUCAUGGUUCAGCGUGACUGAGUGUGGAGAGUUAAAACAUGGUGGAAUAAUUCAAUGUGAUACACAUCCUGAUGGAGGCAUAAGAACGUUUUUGUCAAAACGAAAUCCUGCAGACAAAUUGCCUCAACCUGAAUUUGAAAAUGUACUACUGAUAGUAUCUUAUGCUUGGGAUGGAAACGCCUUACCUGGGAACGAAUUUUGGAUGAAAAUGCUUAAAUCGAGUGGAGAUUCUUCAACAGCUUGCAGCACUCUUAUCACUGAAAUUCACAAUCCACACAUUAACUCUCAAAUGGUUUGCGGGGAGAAUUUGCAUAUAGCUUCACCCGAACACGGAGUUAUCCAUAUAUCAGAGUACAGCAAGAAAGUUUUGAAUAUGUAAUUUUGCGUUUAAGAAUAAACUAUAUUCUAUCUUUUUUUCGUUUCAAAUAUAAAUCUGGUUUUGGA